ACUGUCUUAUAAUCCAGUAUGGUUGUCCUAGGCCAUGACAGUGUUACGAGAACCAACACUUGCUGAAAACUUGUGUUUGUAUUAAUGUCUUAAUGUAAAUUAUGUCAUUGAUAAACACAUUACUGAAAUCCGGGGCCUGCGUUCACGGCCUUGAGUCGACAAGACAAGCGCUACCCGUGACUGACUUCGUUAGGUGGAGAAAACCGAGAUGGGUCCCACGUGCCAAAAGUAAAGAGUUCGUUCUCUCAAAGCGACCAGAGCCGGACCCUCGGGAAACAGAAUGGCUAAAAACCGAGGAGAACCAUUACAGAACACAGAUGAAGGCGAUCUGGCAACUGAUAAAACUAGUACCAGACCAGAGUUUACCCAAUCCAGUGAAGGUGAAAGCUGACAAGUAUAAGAUAGCUGAAGCCAGCUGGCAGGAGAUGCAGGAGAGAAUGAAGGUCUGGAACAGUCAUGUAGCAGUUCUCAGGGAAGCAGCUGAGGAAAAAAGAUAUCAAGAGAAAGAAGGGAGGUUACUGGGGAUAUUAGGACAGGAACAGGUCAUCAGUGAACAGUUCACAGAGGAAACCAUCAAAAGACUGAACAGAGAAAAGGAUGUGGGUUUCAUCACACCAGACAAUGUAGAGGAGAGAUUGUUAGCGAGCCUGGAGAAGUCAGCUGAUUACGACUUUGCCAUCGACAGGGACGGCGUCCGAGUGGUGGACGUACAGAAAACGGAAUCCAAGAAGUCAAAAGAUGGAGAGAAGACAGACUGACACACAGAGCAGUAUGUACAUACAGAUACAGACAGACAAAGUGAAGAAAAGACUGACACACAGACCAGAAUGUACAUACAUAGAGAUGGACAAAGUGUGUCUACACAGGGCAGUCUUUAUUAUGAGAUACGGAGGACAUUGUAUUUUCUUCUGUUGUUAGUCAUGAAUCCAUCUUAGUGAUCUUUUUUGCUGUACAUUGUUAGAAGACACAGUCAGACAACAGUCUUAAGCUACAAUGUUUUUGCUGCUUAAGAUCUGACAAAUUUCAUGUGUAUAUACCUCAUUACAUUAUUUACAAAGAGAAUGACAGAUUUUAUAAACUUUCCAACCAAAUUUGUGUCUUCGUUGCUUGUCAAAUAAAAAUAUUUAAAUACAAAUUACUAAAUUAUUAAUUUUCUAAACUUGUAGAAAUUGUCAGAUGGGUCAUUAAAAAAUCAUAUUCUGUAGAAUCACUGGGCCAGAAAAGUUGAAACUAAUGUGGAAGCAUCCUUGGGUAGUGUAGAUUCUAAAUUGUUCAAAUCAUGACCCCAGAAAUAGGAAAGACCCACAAUAGGGAAUCCAGGUU